UUGGUUUUAAGACAGUCAACAUCAUUGAAUCAAACCUUCGACCGACAUCAUGGCGCUGCAGCAGAAAAGGAAUGGCGUAUCGAAUCUUUGCACAUUCGAUGAUCUCUGCGCUAUUCAGCAUCCGUAUCAACGUUAUCUGGGCCUUAAAUUCUUAGAAUUUAAGCGUGUUAAUGGACGUUUCGUAAUACCAAAAUCAAAUAUACUUAACGUUAUUCUACUUCUUGCACUGAUGGACUGCGCUGGUAAUAUCAUUAAGAUUGGCAAGGCGAUCAACGACAGAGAUGUCACUCAAGCCCAGGAGAUCUUCGCCGUUUUCGGUAUGGGUUUGGUAAUGACGAUGCGUGGCUCAAUGAUAGGACUAAAUCGCGGCAACCUGUCGAAAAUGUACAACGCUAUCGAUCGUAUAUUUCCACGCAGCCAACGCCUGCAGCAACAUAUGGAAGUCGAGAAAAUGCAUAAAAAUAUAAAAAGGCGUUUCUUCUUGCUCCAUACGUCUUUGACGGUUACCGUGUCCGCUUUCAUCGCUUUGCCGUUAGCGAAAUUUAUGGUAUUUUACGAUUUCAAAUCAGAUAAUCGUGUGACCGAAGAAUUUCAUGUGAAUGCGUCGUGGUUACCGUUUGGCAUAAAAGAUAAGGUUUCUACUUAUCCUUAUAUAUACGUGUAUGAAAUGAUGUUAGCUACGGCUGGCGCCCAUAUGCUAGUCACUUGGGAUCAUGUAUUUGUGAUUUUAAUUUCACAGUUAUGUAUGUAUUAUGAGUAUUUGGGUAAACUUUUGGCGGAAAUGAAUGUGCAGGAUGCAAUGGAUCCCACAAAGGCGGAUGCAUUCUACAAACAGCUACACGACUACAUAAAUAUACAUCAAUAUCUCAAUAACGAGGCUACAAACUAUUUGCAAAUAUUAAAUUACACUACACCAUUAUUCGUAGAGAUUGGUUAAUCUACGAUGCCGCCAAG